AGGGUGCUGGGAGGGUGUAAGGGGUCCAAAGGGGAAGGAGGCACAGGGGCCCGGUGAAGGGACAGAUGAGGAGAUCAGAACAGCCUUAGAGCUCAGGGGCCAACAGGGUGAAGCCUCGGUUAUCUGAGGGAGCGUUGGGGGGAGAGCAGAGCCGGCUAGCAGGGGACGAGAGCGGGCUAUUGAGAGAUGGGGGUGAGGGUGAGGACCAGAAUAAUACCUUCAGAAAAAAGUAGAUUAGGAUAUAAAAAGGGACGGGAGUAGGAAGCCCAGAUUUGGAUAACAAAUAGAUGAAUGAGGGUGGGAGGGUGGGAGGAAGAUCUUAAAGUGCCCGCUGUGUGUUAGGAAUCUAGAAAAAUCUUCCAGCAGGCAUGGAAGCUGAGGGGAUAGUAGAGAGAAGCUGAGAGGACAGCUCCAGGCAAGAUUUGGAUGAGAUGUCAGGAAGCUGGCUUUUCUGCCUGGGGAUCUAGGCUGCCUGGAUUCCCAAGGUCCUGGGGAGGGGUCUAACCCUGCAUGUGGCCACAUUCACCUGGGGCCAGGCCUUGGGCCAGCUCUUUAAUAGGGAAGGACCCAAGAGUCAUGGCCUGGUGGUGUCUGGAUGGGCUUCCCCCAGGCCUUUCUGAGCCAUGGAGAGAAUUCUGGAGAUGGCGCUCAAGACCCCUGCACUGUGUACCUCCUUUCUCACCUUUGGCCAGGAGCAGCAGGGACCAUAGAAACUUAAGGAGGAGGGUAAAGGCAUUGCCCAGAAUCCUGAAAGGGAAUAUAUAUGGCUGGAGACAGAAUCUAGAGCCUUCAAAUAAUGUGAAGAUGUUUCCACCUUCAGGUUCCACUGGGCUGAUUCCCCCCUCCCACUUUCAAACUCGGCCCCUUUCAACUCUACCAAAAAUGGCUCCCACCUGGCUCGCAGACAUUCCCCUGGUCCAACCCCCAGGCUAUCAAGAUGUCUCAGAGAGGCGGACAGACACCCAAAGACCUCAAGUGACGAUGUGGGAACGGGAUGUUGCCAGUAACAGACAGGAACCAGGGCAGAGAGGCAGGUGCCGGGAGUUGGAGGGGUCACAGGCCCUGAGCCAGCAGGCUGAGCUGAUCUCUCGGCAGCUGCAAGAGCUACGGCGGCUAGAGGAGGAGGUCCGGCUCCUGCGAGAGACCUCGCUGCAGCAGAAGAUGAGGCUAGAGGCCCAGGCCAUGGAGCUGGAGGCUCUGGCACGGGCGGAGAAGGCUGGCCGAGCCGAGGCCGAGGGCCUACGUGCUGCUUUGGCUGGGGCUGAGGUCGUCCGGAAGAACUUGGAAGAGGGGAGUCAGCGGGAGCUGGAAGAGGUUCAGAGGCUGCACCAAGAGCAGCUGUCCUCUUUGACACAGGCUCACCAGGAGGCUCUUUCCAGUUUGACCAGCAAGGCCGAGGGCUUGGAGAAGUCUCUGAGUAGUCUGGAAACCAGGAGGUCAGGGGAAGCCAAGGAGCUGGCCGAGGCUCAGAGGGAGGCCGAGCUGCUUCGGAAGCAACUGAGCAAGACCCAGGACGACUUGGAGGCUCAGGUGACCCUGGUUGAGAAUCUAAGAAAAUAUGUUGGGGAACAAGUCCCUCCUGAGGUUCACAGCCAGACAUGGGAACCGGAGCGACAGAAGCUUCUGGAAACCGUGCAGCACUUGCAGGAGGACCGGGAUGGCCUGCACGCCACUGCGGAGCUGCUGCAGGUGCGAGUGCAGAGCCUCACGCACAUCCUCGCCCUGCAGGAGGAGGAGCUGACAAGGAAGGUUCAACCUUCAGAUUCCCUGGAACCUGAGUUUACCAGGAAGUGCCAGUCCCUGCUGAACCGCUGGCGGGAGAAGGUGUUUGCCCUCAUGGUGCAGCUAAAGGCCCAGGAGCUGGAACACAGCAACUCUGUUAAGCAGCUGAAGGGACAGGUGGCCUCACUCCAGGAACAAGUGACAGCCCAGAGCCAGGAGCAGGCCAUCCUGCAGCGAUCCCUGCAGGACAAAGCCGCAGAGGCAGAGGUGGAGCGGAUGGGUGCCAAGGCCUUGCAGUUGGAGCUGAGCCGUGCUCAGGAGGCCCGGCGCUGGUGGCAGCAGCAGACAGCCUCUGCCGAGGAACAGCUGAGGCUUGUGGUCAAUGCUGUCAGCAGGUAUCAGGGAUGGAGGGGUGGAUGGAGUACUGUUUCUGCCACUUCAGCUUCCCGGAACCUCAGUCAAGAGGGGAUGGAAAGCUGGCCACUGGAGGCUACAGGGAGGCUACAGGGCUGGGCACAUUUAGCCCUAUCAAAGUUCCUGUGUUUGUUUCUUUUCCUGGGGCAGCCCCCUCUGCAUUCAUACCUGAUUACUUGUUAUGAAUUCCCUGUUGCAUGUUGGGCUGGAGGUGAGGCCUUGCUUCCUCCUGCAGUUCAGUCUAGUAAUGGCUUGAGCUAAACAGAGCACCUGGGAGGAUCUUCACUUGCAGCAUUGUUCAGGGAUGGAGAGUGUGGACACUUCAUCAUACUCCUUUCCUUUUCUAAAAUUUUACAGGCAUUCCCUGUUUCACUGCAGAAAAUUUAGUCUGUCUAUUUAUUUAUUUUUUUGAGACGGAG